AUGACCGAGUCUCAGCCUCCCCAGGCCCCCGCCCCACAGAGCCAGACCCGUGGUGGCCGUCGGCGCGGGCGCGGAGGAGCUCGUCAGGGCGAGCACUCGGACGCUCCAGAUGGCGUUUCCAGAGGACCGAGGUCAAGAGGCAACGGACCACGCCGCGGCGGAGGUCGAGGGGGGCGUGGCGGACAAAAUCGCGACAUCAGCAAGCCGGAGACUGAGGGUGACGUCGAUGGCUCGUCUUCGGUGGAAACCACCACAACCGCAGAUAAGGGAAAGGCGCGUCAGGAGACGGCGGAUGACGCUGAUGAUGGAGAGAUCUGCUUUAUCUGUGCCUCGAAGGUCGAGCAUAACUCAGUGUCUCCGUGUAAUCACCGCACAUGCCAUAUAUGCGCGUUGAGAUUGCGCGCUUUGUACAAGAACAAGGCUUGUGCUCAUUGUCGGGUAUGCUCUGUAAUAACUGAAGCUAGUUAUGUCAUUUUCACAGACGACCCCACGAAGCGCUACGAAGAGUUCCAGGACAGCGACUAUUCUCAAAAAGAUGAUAACCUUGGUAUUAAAUACGAAAAGGAUGAGAUCUUCGAAGACACAGUUCUGUUACUCCGCUACAACUGUCCAGACCGGAACUGUGAUGUGGCUUGCCUGGGGUGGCCGGACCUGCACCGUCAUGUUAAGAGUAAGCAUGGUAAAGUGAUGUGCGAUCUCUGUACUAGAAACAAAAAGGUUUUCACACAUGAGCAUGCGCUCUUUACACAUGCCGAGCUGCGCAAGCACGAAAGACAUGGCGACCAUGUCCCUGGAGCGCUUGAGCAGAGCGGUUUUAAGGGCCACCCUGAGUGCGGAUUUUGUCGUCAGAGAUUCUAUGGGGAUGAUGAGCUAUACGCUCACUGCCGUGACCGCCACGAACGAUGCCACAUUUGCGAUCGACGCUCUACAACCCGCCAACACCAGUAUUAUAUCGACUACAAUGCCCUUGAAAGCCAUUUCCAGACAGACCACUUUCUUUGCCUGGACAAAGAAUGCCUUGAAAAGAAGUUCGUGGUCUUUGAGUCUCAAAUGGACCUCAAAGCUCAUCAACUAGAGUGUCAUCCAAACGGGCUUUCAGGGCGAGACGCCCGCGUAGACAUGACCGCUUUUGAUUUCAGAACGCCGUACCAGCCUCAGCAGCGACAACGUCGGGGUGCUGGUCGUGGGCGAGAUCCCAACGCAGAAACCGCUCCUUUAUCAACCGUGCAACCACUACGGAGGGACGAGAUCGCCUACCAACGCCAGAUGGCUAUCCAGAGCGCACAAUCCGUUUCGACACGGAGCUUCGGUGGACAACUAUCUCGUGACGAAACACAGACUGUGCGUGCCCCAGCGCGUUCCACAGCACCUGCUCCCACUCGAACACCACCCGCGCCGACGUCACCUGUCAACGAGUUUGAGAACCUUAACAUCACAUCAGCCACACCAGAGGAUCAGGCGCGUCGGCUUCGGCACGCAGCAGUUAUUGAGAGAGCUUCAAAUCUCCUUGGGAAUGAUCAAACUAAGCUUAGUGAAUUCCGCACCCGAGUCUCCAACUAUCGUACCGGCGGCAUGUCUGCCACCGAGCUCAUCGAUGCCUUUUUCUCCCUUUUUGACACAUCAAGUUCCGAACUCGGUAAGCUCAUAAAAGAGCUUGCCGAAAUCUACGAGGACGCCGGUAAAAAGAAUGCCCUGCUCAAGGCCUGGAAUGAUUGGCGUGCCAUCAAUGAGGAUUACCCUGCACUUCCAGGGCCAGGCGGUAACAUCCCAGGCAUGUCCCCUGGUACCGCCAGCGGCACCGGCGCCACCGGCGGCAGACGAGUCCUGCGUCUGAAAUCCUCAACAGCUCAGUCCUCCCGGGCUGCCGCUGGCUCCUCGUCGUUAAGCAACCCCUUCCCUCCCCUCUCUUCAUCACGUCCAACUCCCCGUGCCGUUGCAACAUCUGCCGCAUGGGGAGGCUCCGCAAUCGCUGCGCCACCACCCCCUCCCAUAUCUCGAACCUACGCAAAUCCCUCAUCCCGCACAAAUAACGCCCCCUCCACAUCCUCAGGCCGCGUCAACACUCGCGACACAGAGGCCUUCCCUUCCCUUCCCGCUGCACCCAAGCCCAACGUCCUCAUGGCGGGCCUAACCCGAGGCACUGUUCGCUGGGAUGAUCGCCGUCCGCCACCGGUAAAUGCUUGGACUUCGUCUGCUGACUCAAGACCUGGUUCCUCUACAGAGGACUUCCCAGAUCUUUCUGCUGCAGAAGGUAAGAAAGGGAAGGGGAAGAAAGGCAAACAGACGCUUUUCCAUUUUGGUUGA